UGACAGUGUGGCACGCGGAGCCGUCAAGUUGUCGCGCAACUUCGCUUCACGUGUCAAACACGUCGGCGGCGAUACAGCUGAUCGAACGCCGGAUCGGUCUUCCCUCGUCGCUGCACGUCUUUUCGUCACUUCGCUUCGGGAGAGACAGGAAUCCGGACCGCGAGGGGAACCUCCGAGGAUGGCACCAAAGCAGAGGAUGCGUAUUGCCAAUGAGAAGGCGACGAAGAACAUCACCUUACGCGGAAACGUCCCCAAGUCGUCGAAAUCGCAAGAAGAGAGCUCUCCGGUUGGUCCUUGGCUCCUAGCUUUAUUCCUCUUCGUUGUUUGUGGAUCUGCCGUAUUUCAAAUCAUCCAAAGUAUCAGAAUGGCUUGAAAACGAGGAGGAAGGAAGAUGCUACUGUCACUCUUAACUCAACAUACCGUUUACAACUCAUCGCUACCCAGAAGAGAGAUUGGCGAAUCGUUUUAACAUAUUUAUAAAGGAAGAAGAGAGUCAUAGGAUACUACAAAUCGUCUUCUCGUAAUAGUAAAAUUUUGACAGUAGCUGGAAAAUUAUGUUUCAUUUCACAGAAGCUCAAAGAUUUAUUUAUAACAUUUAGCAUUUAUAAGCGUUUAAAUUAAUUGCGGCUCCACAUAGACGAAAGAUUUCGAGUAAAAUAAAGAAAGGUUUCUAAUAUAAUAAAGGAAAUCUGAUUAAUCAAAAAUCGAUAAAAAAAAUAAAUAUCUGUUUAUAUUUGAUUUUUUACUAGAAUCUAAACAUUAACGUUUGUCAAAUACUUUUUAUAUUCUGCCCCCUUGUCAAUGUUUAUUCUUUCGUCUAUGUGUAUGUAGUAAAUAAUUGUAUAUACAGGAUUUAUUAUGCGGAUUUCUCCUUCAGGUCUGUCGAAUUAGCACACAGACUUCGUUUAAUUUGACAGACCUGUCCUAAAGCAUUCCACUGUGAACAGUUGGUAGGCUUUCCGUUGUUAUAAUGGCCUUUGUACGAGAUGCUUUAUGCAUUAUUGAUGCAUUGAGGGGGUCAUUAUAUACCUAUACAAAAUAUAUAUUAUAAUACACAUACA